UGUAUUUUCAUUUUGUGGAUUCUCUGUGAGGACCAAGGUCUCACAGUGGUGUUCAUUAUUUUGUCAAAUGAGAAGAUUUUUGAGAUCGUUGGCGUAUGGCAGACGGAUAUGUUAUGGAAACUGGAUUCCAACAUGCUUUCCGGCUGCAGGUGUUGAUGAUUCUUUUGCAUCUCCUCGGGGUUCAGCUUGGAGACACUGAUGAUCUGCUGGGCCUCCUGGAGACUGAGGCCAGUGAGGUUAGAGGCGGCUGCAGACAGGUGUCCGGCACGGCCCUGGGCAUCAGUUGCUGCCCUGCUUGCGGUAAACUCAUCCCGCAGGGCAAGCGAAAGCCCUGCCCAUCACCUGCGCCCCCAUCAUGAUGAUCUGGGCCACGUACCGGCCAUGACCACCCGACUUCCUGCCCCGAGGUAGAAAUAUUUCAUACACAUGGCUGUAUCUUCCACAUGAAGCGCAUAAUAGCUGGUUCAUUCAUGUUUGUUGACGGUGAAAUCCAUCACUGGACUCAGGUGUACAGGAACUGAACUGAGAAGAAGUCUGCGAGUAGGAUGGACAGUUACUUUAAAGCAGCAGUCAGUGACUUGGACAAGCUCCUUGAUGAUUUUGAACAGAAUCCAGAUGAACAAGACUAUCUCCCAGACGCACAGAAUGCAUUUGAUUCCAGCCGCUAUUCAGUUUCUUCAGACUUGGCUUCUCCACAGCUGACUUCGGUGCUGCCGAAAGACCAGCCUUGUAGGAGUCGUCGUGCUUCCUCUGCAGCAUGCUAUGAAACAAGCCGGAUCUCCCUGAGUGAGAAAGCACUGGAAGGACUCACCUGUAUACAGACUGAAAAGAAUGUGACAGGACUCGACCUCCUUUCUUCUGUGGAUGGUGGCACUUCGGAUGAAAGCACGGUACAGGUGGGAUGGUGCAGCAAACCCGUCUGUGAUCUGAUCAGCGACACGGGCAACUUAGUUCACGUAACUAGCAGUGAGGAAGAUACUGCAAAAUUACCAUCGGAUGAGUUUAAAUCUAAUGUAGAUUCUUUGAUUGGAUUGGACUUGUCCUCGGUGUCAGAAACUCCUUGUAUUCCUUCAAUAGACUGUGGUAAAAGUACUGUCGCAGAAGCACAGAGUGAUGUCAACUCUGAAACACCAAAGAGAGAAACCAGUGGACCGAAAGAAAAAGAAUUGGGUAUUAGAUUAGACCUGACACUUUCAGAUGCACAUAAUUACAGUGAAGAAGAAAACUUAACGGACAGAAACAUUUCUACCCAGUUAGGACCAGUUACUGAUUUUAACAGGCCAUCAUCUGCUUUGACUCAGCAAGGUUACAAAACUUUUGAUGCCAGAGAUAACCUACAACCCAAGACCCGACCACGCGAAGUGAGGGCUGAUGACUGCUUGGUAAAAGAGGGAGCAGACGCGGCAGAUAAAGCUUCUAGCGGUUGUUUAAAGGAAAGAGGCAGCACCAGUGCUCUGCCUGGCUGUCUUCCCCAGAGUGAAAGUUUGCAUUUACAUGAUUCAAGUUCAAGAGAUGGAAAUUUCAAAUUACCCGACUUUUCCUCCAAGGAAGAUAGGGCUGCUGCAAAAGGAGACUCGGGACAGCUACAUCUUAAAGAUAAUAGAGGUGACAUUCAAGAUUCUUCCUCAGCAUCCAGUGAGGAAACAUACUCCUCAUUGUCCUGUCUUCCAGCUCCCGAGUCUCUGAGCGGAUCUGUGAUUGAAAGUCAAGCUCAGAGUGAUUGCUUACCUCAGAAGGAAUGCAAAGAUGACACACAUGGUGCAGGAACUGUGCAUGAAGAAACAGACAAGACUGCUACUCUAGGUGGGAAAUCAGUGAAGGAGACUGAUUUUUUGAAACAGGAGACAUGUAACAACUUUGCACUUCCUCAGCCACUAGUUGACCACAUGGGAGACAGAAAGGUAGAUCUUGAGGAGACAGGGGCCAGAGUUGGGCUGUCUUUGGAUCACCCUGAACACACCAACUCUGCAGCUGCAGACUCUCAGCUGGAGCUUUUUGGAGCUCAUGCCCCAGAGCCCCAAGCCCCUGCUGCUUGCGAAGGUCUCCCUUUCCAAAGCAGUCUCGAUGGGGAAGACUUAGAUUACUUUAAUAUUGAUGAAGGCAUGAAAAGCGGUGCACUAAUUAGUGAUGCUGAACUUGAUGCCUUUCUCACCGAACAGUAUCUUCAGACUAGUAAUGCGAAGUCGUUUGAAGAAAAUGUCAGUGACUCAAACACUGAAAUGAAUCCGAUAGAUAUCAACGGCCUAGGUGAUGGAAAUAGUCACAAUAUGUAUUUUAAUGCUGACGUUGGAGCCACUGGCAAGAACCCAGGUACUAAUAUGACUGGUGAAACAGUUGAUAAACCAAGUUCAACAGACCAUGGUGACCCUUCUGUAGAAAACAGCACGGGCCCACCCGCACAAGGAUUAUCUAGCAGCAAGUCUGAGUCACUUACAGAUGAAUCGCCAGUCUCUGAGACCAGCAGUCAGUGCGUUCGCGUUGGAGGAGCCAGACCCAAGCAGCUGUUUAAUGGUCCAUCCAGAACACGAGGUUCAAAGGAACCAAGUCAGUCGGAUGUUCCACAUCUGCCUGAAAGUGAGCCAGCCAUGGCAGACGCUGCUGCUUCAGCCACUCGUACUGUCAGCUGUACGGCCGAACCUCAGGCUCACUUUGACUCGAACUACAUUGACAUAGAAAGUAAUUUUGAAGGUGGAUCCAGUCUCCUAAGUGCAAACAAAGACACUCCACCAGCAAGUACUUGCAGAGAGGGCCUGGUUCUGGGCCAGAAACAACCUCCUUGGGUCCCUGAUUCAGAAGCACCCAACUGUAUGAACUGCCAAGUCAAAUUCACUUUUACAAAACGGCGACACCACUGCCGAGCAUGUGGGAAAGUAUUUUGUGGUGUCUGUUGUAAUAGAAAGUGUAAACUGCAGUAUCUGGAAAAGGAAGCAAGAGUGUGUGUCGUCUGCUAUGAGACCAUUAGUAAAGCACAGGCAUUUGAAAGGAUGAUGAGUCCCACUGGCUCUAGUCUUAAAUCUAGUCACUCUGAAGAAGGUGCCACCAUCCAGCCUCUUCAAGAGCCUCAGACCCCUGGAGUCGCUUCUCCUACAGCCUUACCAGUGUCUGCACUUAAACAGCCAGCUCUUGAAGGAUUAUGCUCCAAAGAACAGAAGAGAGUGUGGUUUGCAGAUGGUAUACUGCCCAAUGGGGAAGUUGCAGAUACAACAAAAUUGUCUUCUGGAAGUCGAAGAUGUUCCGAAGAUUUUAGCCCUCUCUUACCUGAGAAGCCCUUGAUGGUGAAUACAGUGGGUCAUUCUACUACAGCGGAAAAAUCAAACAAUGAGAUAGGAGAUAUCACCACCAAUGAAAGAAUUCUGAGUUCUGUUUCUCAAGUGCCAUCUGUGGAAAUACUGCCCAUAAUCGCAGACACUGAGGGGCCCCCUACUUCUGGCCCUGUCACACGGGAUGAUGAUGAUGUUGCCUUUGCAGAAGGAUCAUCCAGUUCUAAUAGUGACUUGGUCAAUAGCAAGCAAUUACCUGUUACUCAUACUUCAGAUUAUAGGCUAUUGUGUGGUAUUGACAAGACUGUUUGCAAGAAGACGAGCCUUCUGCCUAGUGACGGAGACAGCUUGCCCCCUCUUCUGGUCGCGCCUGGAGAAAGGGGAUCAGUGCCAGUUCUAGAAGAACAGCCAUCUCAUGAGCAGAUCAUUUUGCUGCUUGAAGGCGAAGGUUUCCGUCCUGUUACAUUUGUCCUGAACGCUAAUCUACUUGUGACUGUCAAGUUGGUGUUUUAUUCCUCAGACAGAUACUGGUUUUUCUCAACCAAUGGACUGCAUGGCUUGGGACAGGCGGAAAUCAUUAUUCUGUUGUUGUGUAUGCCAAAUGAAGAUACUAUUCCUAAGGAUAUCUUCCAACUGUUUAUCACUAUUUACAAGGAUGCUUCAAAAGGAAAAUACAUAGAAAAUUUGAGCAGUAUCACAUUUACAGAGAGUUUCCUUGGUAGCAAGGACCAUGGAGGAUUCCUGUUUAUUACACCUACUUUUCAGAAACUUGAUGACCCACUGUUGCCACACUCUCCUUUCCUAUGUGGGAUUCUUAUCCAGAAGCUAGAGAUUCCUUGGGCGAAGGUGUUCCCUAUGCGUUUAAUGUUGAGAUUGGGUGCAGAAUAUAAAGUAUACCCUGCUCCUCUUACAAGCAUCAGAGGCCGCAAACCCCUGUUUGGAGAAAUAGGACACACUAUUAUGAACUUGCUUGUUGACCUUCGGAAUUACCAGUACACCUUGCACACCAUCGACCGGCUCUGGGUUCACAUGGAAAUGGGGAGAAGCUGCAUCAGGAUCCCCCGAGACAAACACAGCCAAGUAAUGAAGGUGAUAAACUCUUCUAAUGAGCACGUAAUCAGCAUUGGAGCUAGUUUUAGUACAGAAGCAGACUCUCAUCUAGUCUGUGUGCAGAACGACGGAGGCUACCAGACCCAGGCCAACAGUGCCACGGGCCAUUCUAGAAAAGUGACAGGUGCGAGUUUUGUAGUGUUCAACGGAGCUCUGAAAGCUGCGUCAGGAUUUCUUGCAAAGUCCAGCAUAGUUGAAGAUGGCUUGAUGGUGCAGAUAACUUCAGAGACCAUGGAUGGCUUGCGGCUGGCUCUCAGAGAACAAAGAGACUUUAAAAUUACAUGCGGGAAAGUCGAUGCUGUUGACCUGAGAGAAUAUGUAGAUAUCUGCUGGGUAGAUUCUGAAGAAAAAGGAAAUGAAGGUGUUGUCAGUUCAGUGGAUGGAACAUCAUUACAAGGAUUCCCGAGUGAAAAAAUAAAACUGGAAGCAGAUUUUGAAGCUGAUGGGAAGAUUGUAAAGUGUACAGAGGUGUUCUACUUUCUAAAGGACCAAGAUGUAUCUGUUUCCGCAACUCGCUAUCAGUUUGCAAAAGAAAUAGCCACGGCCUGUGGCGCUGCGCUCUGCCCUCACCUGCGGACCCUGAAGGGCGGCGGAACCAACAAGGUCGGCCUGCGCGUCUCCAUCGACACGGACAUGGUUGAAUUUCAGGCAGGAUCUGAAGGCCAACUUCUUCCUCAGCACUAUCUAAAUGAUCUGGAUAGUGCCCUGAUCCCAGUGAUCCACGGUGGAGCCUCCAAUUCUUGUAGCUUGCCACUAGAAAUAGAAUUAGUAUUUUUCAUUCUAGAGCAUCUUUUUUAGUGAAAGAACACGAGUCAUAUUAUAUAUUGCAAACAGUUGGUUAAAACUAACUCUCAACACUAAAGCUAAAAUGCCACAAACACUAAAAGUGUGUUUAAUGUUUGAAACACCUAAAGCUUUGCUUUUUAGGUAGGAACGGUCUUUUAAAAUCACUAACAGUGUUUAAAUCUAAAAAUUAAAGAUCUACAGUUUUUGAAGCUUUGCACUGAAUACAAGUACUAAAAGAUGAGGAUUCCUUCUAUAAGGAAUUUGUAGCAUCUAUUGUGUUGUUUAAAGUCUAAACCAAAGUAAUUAUAUUUAGUUAUACCUCUUUCUUCCAAGAAUAACUUUAAUGAAGGCUCUUUUCAGAUGUGACUUUAUGAAGGAAAUAACUGUUAAGUCUAUGCCAGUAAGAUUACUGGUAUCUAAAGUCGGUUAAAAAUGUUUUUUUUUUUUUAGUGGCAAAGUUUGCAAAUCAUAGACUUACAUAAUUCUUUGAUUAAGACAGAUAACUUAUUUGUACAAUAUAAGUGGAGACCUAUCUCCAUGAUUAGAUAAACUCUGGAUCAAAAUUAGAACUUUGCCUUUUUCUUCUCCAAUUAUAUUUGAUUUCUUCUUGAUUAAAUGGGUAUUAAAGUAAUUGUGGGUGCUUCAGGAUUUCUGUGCUUCUAUAUUUAAAUAUAUGAUUUUUAUAAUAAGAACAUGUGAUUCAGUAUCUGUUUUAUAAAUCUUUAAUAAUUUACAAAUACAUGAUAUUUUUAUAUCCUUCUUUCCUUCCAGAGUUAACCCCUUAUUUGCCACUCCUCAGAGCAGUUGACAGCAGCCAGUUGACCCUUGAAGUAGUCACUGUGUAGCAGUGAAUGUGGGUUUUCAGCUUUCCCUGUUAUUAACCCUGAGACUUUUUUCUUGACAGUUCUGCAUAUUUACAUUGGUCCCACUGUAUCAAAUAUAAAUUUUAAUGAAUUACUUUUUCAUAUUUAAAUUCUUUAUAUGGUAGUUGUUUUUUAAUAAAAGGGUGUUAACAGAAGUUACAAUUGUAUGUAUUUGAAACUGUUGCGGUUUUUUCUUCCCACAGCAAAUAUAUAUAUAUAGUUCAGUCUUUAAAAAUAAAAGGCACAUUUUAGUUAGCAUUUUCAUGUAAGUUAUAUAAAACUAAAUCAUUAUAUUGAGGCCUUUUGAUUGUGUGGAAUAUAUGUUUUAUACUAAAAAACACUAAUGCAAUGUAUCUCUAGGAAAAGAGGCUACACCAGUAGCCUGUCUUAAUAAAAAUAUUUAUGUAUCUCA